AUGCAUGGCAAUGCAGACAGCAUGAAGAAAACACCGUCUCUGAACGAAAGGCUCUCAAAAACCUUCUCAUCGCUCAAACAGGCAAUGACAUCCCUGAACCUGCACAGAAACGAUCAGCUCACGGACAAAAUAAGGACGGAGUACUUCACCGAUGUGCGCUAUGGAAAGAUGAUACGGAUGAUGGAUGAGUGUGUGGCAGAGAUGGAGCAAAUGGUGGGGGACAUGAGAGGAAUGAGAGAGAAGUUUGUUCUGGCGAGGGGCGUGCUCAGGAGCGGGGAUGCACGGGCAGAGGGGAGCAGGCACCCGACAGAAACGGGAGGUGUAGCACAUAGUGGGGGACAUGGGAAGAGAACGAACGAAGGCCAGCCAAAGAGGAGGAGACGGGUGGUGAUGAGGCGAAAGGGCAGAGAGCUGAGAGAAAGAAACCCAAACAUAAAAUAG